CUUGCUGGCUACAUCCAGAGUGAGAAGCUAGAGGACGGUACAGCCACGUGGAAUUCCACAAACAAGAAUCUUAUAAACAGUUGGGCCUUUGUUGGCGAGAAGCUGAUUCAUGGGCGGCCAUCAGGGAUAGACAACUCAGUCAGCACAAACGGUGGCGCAUUGAGAUUUCAGAAAGGAAAGAUAACUCUUAUUGACAAAAUGCCGACGCUGUCAGUGAUGCUUGUCAACACCAAGGUGCCCAGGAGUACGAUGGUGUUGGUGGCUGGCGUCAGGGAGAAACAUAACAAGUAUCAGGAAAUAUUUGAUCCAGUUUUUGAGGCGGUGGAGGCUAUCACAGAAAAGGCUGAAAGUGUUUACAAGGCACUGUGUGAUGAUGCAAGACCUGAUCAUUUCCAGACAUUGGGGGACCUGGUGGAUUUGAACCACCAGAUACUGAACAUGAUGGGGGUAGGGCACCAGUCACUGGACCACGUUGUUGCAGUGGCCAGGAAGUAUGGGUUCCAUUCCAAACUGACUGGAGCUGGAGGAGGGGGCUGUGCGUUUGUUCUGAUUCCACCAGACACACAAGAUACGCAAGUUUAUGAUAUGAAACAAGAAAUGGAGAAACUGGGAUUUGAAGUCUGGCCAAACACAUCUGUAGGUGGCCAUGGAGUUCUUCGCCACUUGUGA